AUGGCGAUCUCUCACGGACUAGCAGCGCAAGAUACGCUGUACCUACGUCGACCAAGCUCUCCGAUCAUCAGCCGCGUUAGAGGUCUCUUUAAGUCGAAACCCUCGCCACCCUACGACAAGCUGGACUCCUUGCCACUCAUGCAUCGCAUGUCGGACUCGUUCAGAGAAGAGGCUUCGCACCACGCGCAGGCGAAGGCUGCGAGCGAGAGAUCGGCUAAGGUGAAGAAGAAAUUCACCAUCUGGCGUGGGCAAUUCACUCGCAAAAGCGCAGCUGGUGCAGUGAGCGGUCUAUUCGGUACGGUCAGCGCUGCCAACGCGAUUGGAGCAUUAUGGGAGAAGCUCAGUGAGUGCCAAUCAUCACCUCGCUACUCGCGCCUGCACGUACUCUUUUUCUGACUCUGCCACCGUCAUCGCGUACCGUCAAAGUAGCUGAGCCCGCCCAGAUGUCUGGUCAGCGCUACAGAAAAUCAUCCAUCCCUAGCGAGAGACGAUCUUUUGGUCCUGCAAGACUCAAAGUCAUCAAUGCACGCUCCAAAGCUCUACGGCCUAGAGCGCUAGAGACUGGAGAAGUGCUCAGCGUGAGUCGGAUCGCAAGCUGCUGCGUCUCUGCUAGUCACCCGUCUUGAACAAAGUAGAAAAAAAAAAUACCCAAUGUUUCGCGCGCCCCAACCCCAUUCUGUCCCACAGUUCCUCGACGAUUGUGAGUAGCGCGAGCGAAGGGCAGCAAUCCGAUGUUGGUCAAGCAAUGAGCCAGCGCAUCGAUCUGAAAUGACCUACCUGGCCCACUCCUGGCGUCUCGUAUCCGCCCCAUUCGCCCUGCGCGCUCCGUAGAUGGAAAGAUGACCGCAAGCACCGUCGCGUUGGUAGGUAGCUCAGGUGGACUGUACUACAGCGCCAACGAGCACGCUCGAGCUGUGCGCAACGCAGAGGCCCUCGAAGCAGCUCAGCGGACUCGCGCCCUUGCUCCUGCCCGCACCAGCACAAUUUCAGCGAACUUGGCACCUGCAGCCAUUCCUCAAGUCUCGCACUUUGCCUCGAGCCCAUGA